GCCAACUGAUGAUUAGUAACUCAGUGUCGCUGUCAUCUUAUACAUUCAGUACUGGGUUCGUUAGAAGUUCUCACGAUUCCAUAGAAAUCGCUUCAAUCAUGAGCGGCAAAGGCAAUUCCAAUUACAGAUUUAAAUUUCAUUAUUUGUGCGCGCUAAUCGACCUGGCAUAUAGCUGGCUUCGGACUAUUUGUUUUUUGUUUACAAAACGGUUAAAGCAAAAGCUUUUUGUACAAGACUUAAGGAAGGAGCCACGCUUACGACGAGGACGUUCCUUAUUUACUGAGUGGAAAACAAUAUUAAGGAGUCAAACCAGUAAUAUUAGCUCCAGGCCCAGGGGGUCGGCAAAACGAUAUGAGGAAAUUCCAAUGGCCAAGGGUUGGCCAUUGAUUGGAACAACGCUUGAACUGAUUGCAGCGGGUUCUGCUCCAAACUUACAUAAAUACAUUGACAAACGACAUCAGAACUUUGGUCACAUAUUUCGAGAACGUUUGGGGACACAAGAAGCAGUUUUUGUCUCAUCAGCAAAUCUAAUGAGAUCUGUAUUUUUAUAUGAGGGACAGUACCCCGCCCAUCCUCUUCCCGAUUCAUGGGUUAUGUAUAAUAAACUUCACAAUUGCAAACGAGGUUUAUUUUUUAUGGACGGACCUGAGUGGGAAACAAAUAGAAAAAUCAUGAAUCGGCUGUUAUUGAAUGGGAAUUUAAAUUGGUUGAAUUCCCAUAUUGAAUAUUGUACAAACAAUUUAAUAAACGAAUGGAAGAGUGCAGCAAAGAGUGUUGAAGGUUAUUUGAAGGUUGAUGAUUUGGAAGGCAAACUCUAUAAAUGGGCAAUAAAUGUUGUGUGUUCGGUAAUGUUCGGAUACAAAGAUGACGAUUUGAAUACCAAAUUGAAAACAACCAUAGAUGAGUUUUCUAAAAUAGUUCAUAAAAUAUUCGAAAAUAGUGCUCAUUUGAUGAAUUUCCCACCAAAACUAGCUAGAGUAUUAAGAUUAAAAAUUUGGACUCAAUUUGAAAAAGACGUUACGGAAGUUUUGAAAGUGGGAGGCGAAAUUAUUGAUAUGCAAAUGAAACAAUCUUGCGAGUUGGGAUGGGAUAAUGGAUUGUUUGUAAAAAUGCGAUUAGCUGGUAUGUCAAUAGAAGAUAUAAAACGAAUUUUUGUUGAUCUAAUUGUAGCAGCUGGUGAUACCACGGCUUUUUCAAGUCAGUGGGCGUUAUAUUUGCUCUCACAGAGUAAUGAAAUUCAGACAAAUAUUCGUCGAGAAAAUUUUACUAAUUUGAGUGAAUGUCCUAUUUUACAAGGCCUUAUAAAAGAAACAUUGAGAUUGUAUCCGGUUGCUCCAUUUAUAGGAAGAUAUUUAAAAACAGAUGCGAUAAUCGGAGACUAUGAAGUCAAGAAGAAUGUAAUGGUUAUUCUUUCUUUGUAUACAUCUGGACGAGAUGCAGAACAUUUUCCAGAACCCCUUGAUGUGCAGCCUGAUAGAUGGAUUCGAGAUCCUGACACUGGACACCUAAGAAACGUCUUACAAGCGCAUGGUACUUUACCUUUUGCAAUCGGCAGCCGUUCUUGCAUCGGGAAAAAAAUUGCUUUGCAUCAAAUGUAUUCCUUAGUGUCAGAGGUCACACGCAAUUUUAAUGUUAAAUGCUUUAACACGAAACCAAUUGAAGUUGUUCUUCGAUUAGUCGCAGUACCAAAUGCACCCAUUGAGUUAGGAUUAAAACUUUUAGAUAAAAAGCAUUGAAAAUUGUUUAAGUAUUCUUAAAGUU